AUGGCCUCAAAAGCUGCCGUCGCCGCGGCCGACUUCACCCGCAUAUACUCGACAUUGGGCCUCGGAAAAGAAACCGUCGCCGCACUGCAGGCUUUCCGGAAACGCCACGCAGAGGCACAACGACUUCACCAACAAUACAACAGCGAGCCAACAACUGUCGACCUCGCCCAUUAUCGUUCAGUUCUUCGCAACCAGGCUGUUGUUGAUGAGGCGGAGAAGCUGUUAUCUGGUUUCAAGCCGGUAACAUACGACGUCGGGGCCCAUGUGAAAGCCAUAGAAGCGUUUGAAGCCAAGGCGGUUGAGUCUGCAAAAGCCACAGAGGAGAAAAUCGACGCGGAGAUUAAACAGCUCCAAGCCACGCUCGCUAAUAUCGAAGACGCCCGUCCAUUCGAGGACCUUACCACUUAUGAAGUCGGCGACGCACACCCUCGUCUUGCUCAAGUCAUGGAGACGAUGGCAAAGAAGGGGAAAUAUACCGUACCCGGCUACAACGAGAAAUUCGGAGACCUCAACGUCCUUUAA